CAGUAUUCGAGUUCGGCAUUCGGUCGUAAUUCGAACGAAUGAUCACGAAUGAAAGGAGCAAGCGCUGAGAACUGAGAAUGGCAUUUGUGCGUGAAAUUGUUUUAGUUUUUGUGUGAACAAGUGAAUUUUUCUCACAAUAUUAACUUCACGAUAGCGGUCCCGUGUUUGUGUAGUGUUUCAGUGUUAAAACUUCACGUAUAGUGCCGCUACAGUGAUGUGAAGUGAUAAAAGCGUUGGUGUCUUUAAUGAUAAGUGACUGGGGUGGUAACUGGUAACCACGGAUUUUGUUGCUGUUACAAUGGACCGACUUCCCGCUAACGAAGGAAUUUAAAACAUACGGUGGCGACCGGAAUGGAUGAGGGUCUACUUAAUGACCUACUGGAGUGCUCAGUGUGCCUGGAGAGGCUCGACACUUCCUCCAGGGUUCUGCCGUGCCAGCAUACCUUCUGUUUGAAAUGCCUCAAGGUUAUAGUAGAAUCCCACAAGGAACUGCGAUGUCCAGAAUGCCGGGUCCUCGUAGAGACGAAGGUGGAGGAACUGCCUCCGAACGUGCUCCUCAUGAGGAUCCUCGAGGGCAUGAAGAAUUCCGCACCCAGGAAGAUCAGCGGCCAGCGAGUUAGGAGUGGCCAUUCGCAGACGCAGACGCAGCUACAGUUCCUGCGUGCGGAGGGCAAACAGCCCCCGCCCCACGCUCGAGCUAUGUACGACUACAUAUCUAAGGAGUUAGGUGACCUUUCCUUUAAAAAAGGGGAGACGAUCAUCCUACAAAAGAAGUUGGACCCGUUCUGGUAUCACGGCGAGUGUUCCGGCCGGUCCGGAAUUUUUCCCAUCACCUAUGUCCAGGUGGCGGUACCUCUUCCAGUGUCCACAGCUUUAUGUAAAGCGCUGUAUGACUUUCGAAUGUCGGCACCUGAUGAAGAGGGGUGCUUAGCUUUCGACAAAGGUGCAAUAAUAACGGUGCAUCGGCGAGUGGACGAGAACUGGGCGGAAGGGCGUCUCGACCAGCGGGUGGGGAUAUUCCCCAUCGCCUUCGUUGAGCUUAACCAGGCCGCUAGACAGCUUAUGAACACGGCACCUUUAAAUCGGCCUGUCCCACCUAUACCAGAUCACACAAGACCCAGCCAUUCGGAGCAUAGACAUCAUGCUCAGCAUCCCCAUAGAUACCAGCCGAUGUCAAUAUCAACUCCAACCUCAGGCCAGAGCCAAGGCAACUACCAGAAUAUACCAACUAUGAGCCAGUCCCAUCCAAACCAAAACUACCAUUCAACCCAAACUCCUAUCAGCACACCAACCCCAAUACUAAUCCCACAGCCGGUCAACCAUAUCUCAAGUAUAACCCACGGCAGUCUGCUCACUACCACAGCUGUGCCGCGGAAUAUUAUGGAACCUACACAAAACAAGCAUUCUUUAGACUUAAUACACUUCUCAAAUAUGCACAAUAAGACCCACCAAUUAAGCACUAUCCAAAGCGUUUCACGUAUUGGAGAGAGCUAUGACAGACUGCGAGCAGGGAAAUUUGACAAUUACAAUUCAACGCCAGUGCAUAAACUAGAGACUACAUAUCAAAAUGUACGCACUCAUGAACAUUUCCCUGUAACUUCAGUGAACUUCACAAAUAACAGUUCGGAUUCAAGCUCCAGUGUGAACACACCUUCAGCUGGUGUUGUUAGUUCUACAACAACUCCCAAUACGAGUUCAGAUACAAGUACAUGUGAAAGCGCUGAGCCAAGCUUGCCAAGUUCCCCGGAUAAUGCUGAACGAAGUGUUCUACCACCAACAAAUAGCACCCAGAAUAAUCACAAUACUCAGAACUCAAUGGAAAUAGAUAAUCAAGAAGCUCAGGAAACAUCCCUUAAUGCUUCAUUAGGAGUGUUAAAUCUAAAUGAAAGUUCAACAGCGACUAAUACAUCUUUAAAUGUCAGUCUACCACCAUCUGAAAGCCCAAAAUUGAAUGCAUCCGGAGGGAGCAACUCAUUACAAAACCAAGUAGAGAGUCAAGAAACUUCAAGCAACAAUGAGCCUUCUAGACUUGAAGUUCCAACUUCCUCAAAGAAUGCUCUGAGAUCCAGUGGUCCGGAUUCAAUAUUGACGUUUGGUUUGGGAUUGCAAGCUGCUUUAUCACCGUCUCACAGUAAAGAGGGAAAUUACAUGGUGAGAGGGCAUCGGGAUCACAAUCAUAGAGACAGGGAGAAAAGACAUAGUUUGACGCCAUCGACACAUUUGCAAGGGAAUCAUGCGCAAAAUAGGCACUCAGCAGAGAUCCUAGCAACGAGUCUUCUAGACCACGCUACGGAGAGAGAGCGCGACAGACCGGAGCGAGAAAGAGAACGACGUAGAAGAAGAUCCCGUAGCAACGAACGACCUUUACCAUCUGCUUAUAUCGCCCUUUAUCCUUACAAGCCACAAAAACCGGAUGAGCUCGAGUUGAAGAAAGGAGGCAUCUACACAGUGACGGAGAGAUGUCGAGACGGCUGGUACAAGGGAUGCUGCGAGCGAGUUCAGAGGUGUGGCGUGUUUCCCGGCAACUACGUGGCGCCGCUUACCCCGUUAGCACCUUUACAGCCGAGGAUUAAACAUGAUAAGAGCGUAUCCAGCGCUGCAGCAGCCACCGCCAAGCCGACGGUAGCGGUGAGUUCAAGCGGCUCAAGCGCUGCAAACGCUACGUUAGCGCCCCCAGACGCUCCUCCAAGAGCGACCAGUCCUCUAGUUACUGCUGCACAACCUUUGACAUAUCCGUGGCAUUAUCCUGUGCAGCCUCAACAAGGCACGCCAAGAUCUGAAAAGUCUAAGGACAAAUCAAAAGCGGAGAAGUCCUCAAUCUCAACCGGAGUGAGUCUCAUGAAGCGGCUGGCGGCUAUGAAGAAGUGCAAGUCCCCACCACCCGCCGGGUAUAGUAUGGACAACCCCGUGUUUGACGACGGUCCCUCCACCUCGCUGGUACUGCCGAACCACCCGCACCACGUUCGGUCUGGCUCGUGCCCCUCGCAGCUGUUGCGCGCCCUCCCCGCGCCCCUCGCAGCCCCACCAGGCCACCCCGCGCACGCUGCGCACGCGGCACGUGGCACGCGGCACCACGACCACCGCUCGCACAGCAGGGGUUCCGGCGAGAGCGGCGAGUGGGCGGGGCAUAGAAAGUCCGCCUCCCUCGACGUCACGGCGCGUCGGGAAAGACAUCACUCCCAACCCAUCAAAGAAAAAUUCCGCUGCAUAGUCCCGUACCCACCGAACUCUGAGUACGAACUGGAACUCAAAGUCGAUGACAUCGUAAUUGUGUGCAAAAAGCGUGGUGACGGCUGGUACAAGGGUACGCUCCAGCGGACCGGACGUACCGGUCUUUUCCCCGCCUCCUUCGUACAGAGCGUACCGCCUGACUGACGUACCAGCCGCACUGGCUAUAACUGUGUUUUUUAUGGCUUUAGAAGGGACUAUCUAUAACGUUAUGCCAAUUAGAACGUAACGAUAAAACUAUGCUAACCAUAGCAUAAAGUUGUAACUUAUGUCUAUUUUUUCUUACCCGCCUUAUAAUAUAAACAAUC